CAAAAAAGGAGCAUCCACCGGGAGGAGGGAGGCGUGGAAACCUCCCUCCCCUAAAGCAAAGACAAACGCUGAAGGCUCUCUCUCUCAUGCUCACUAUUGUUAAAUUCUUAAAAACUUAUUUUCUUAAAAACACUCUAAUAAUAUUUUUUAUUUUACUAUUCAUUUUCUUUAAAUAUUAUUUUUUAUUUUAUUUUUUUUUCUCUCUUCCUCUUCCGUCCCCAUCCCCAACCAAACCAGCCUUGCCCAACCACACCCAAGACCCAGAACCGGUGCUAUCGAUGGACGAUGGUGACUUCAGACUUGAGAGACAGAGAGAGUGAGCCAGCGUCGCAAUCGCCCCAGUGGUUUUCGGAUGAACAUGCUCUGGCGUUCCGAGACGGGAACCUCGCGGAACAACGGCAAAGGAUCGACGGUGCCGGGAAGGGAGCUUGAAAUUGAAAUAGUGGUGUGGCAGAGAUGGGGAAGGAGUCGAAGGAGUUUGGGGAAGCACCUUCGACGGAGAGGGAGAGCAAGUAACGAAUUCCAGUGAUCUGAGACGAUUUCCGGCGAAAUUUUCCGAUUGAUUUCUCUGUGGAAAAUCAUCAAGGAAAGAUCGUCAAGGACUCAAGAGUAUUUGCAGGAUGAGAGAUUCAUUUGGCCUGAAGGAUAUGCUGUCAGGAAGUUUACUUCAAUAACUGUUGAUAACUGAAUUUGUGGGGAAGGAAAACAUCCCAUUGGAGGAAGUGAGAUGGGCCGAGAUAUUGUUGGAGAGAGACACAAGACCUAGUGGGGAGUCUCUACUUGAAGCUGCUAAACAAUUCAAUUCUUGGAGCAGUUGCCAUUGAUAUUGGAAUUGUGACAACCCCACAAGUACAUUGGAUGGUGCAUGCAAGAAGUAAGGGCAUGAAUGCAUCAAAACUUGAUUGUUUUGAACAACUAUUGAGGUCAUUCAGGUUUGUUUGAGCUAAAGGUGACUAUGAUUUGUUUGAUAUUUUUGUCUUUAUAGGCCUUUGCUAUAUGUUAUUGGUUAGGCGCUUGAUUGAUUUGAUCCCAAGUGGAAGUAAGAUAAGUGAGGUAGAUGAAAAAUUGGUUGUUGAUGGGGGAUAAUGGUGCGGGUGGAGAAAAGCUUGAAGUUUUAACGAAAGUGUUGGAUGGUUUGGUUGUUGAGAUUCGUAAUCUGGGAAAGGUGGAGGUGUGCUCAAUGAAGGUAUUGGUGCUGAUUAUGUGCAGAAGGAGAAGUUUGCUUCACAUGGCUUUGGUUCCCAGGAUGUAGGAGUAAGGGGAAAGAAUGCUAUCUUCAUCAAGGAGCAACUAAACACUCUCAGCAAGAAGGGUGGUAAAAAUAUGUGUAGUAGUUAUCAUGCUCGUCUUGGUGUUGUACAGACAGCACAUGUGAAUGGAGUAUCAACAGAUUACCCCAAAAAGUUGGGCUUAGAAAUUGUGUUUACUCCAACAGGAGUCAAAUACUUGCAUGAGAAAGCAGCUGAGUAUGUGACGGAAUAUGAGACCUCUCAAUUUGCUUUGGUUCAGAACAGAAAAAAGGCUCCUUUGAGACUUUUGGCAGUCAGUAAGUUGAUUAACCAAGCAGUUGGAGAUGCUCUGAGUGGGUUGCUCUUGGUGGAGGCCAUUUUGCAACAUAUGGGGUGGUCAAGACAGAGGUGGAGUGAGCUUUAUAAGGAUCUUCUGAGUAGGCAGCUUAAGUUGAUAACUGAAUUUUUGGAGAAGGAAAACAUCCCGUUGGAGGAAGUGAGGCCGGUCGCGAUAUUGUCGGGGAGAGACACAAGACCUAGUGGGGAGUCUCUACUUGAACCUGCUAAACAAGGAAUCAGUUCAAUUCUUGGAGUGUUUGCCAUUCAUAUGGGAAUUGUGACAACCCCACAAGUGCAUUGGAUGGUGCGUGCUAGAAAUAAGGGCAUAAAUGCUUCAGAACUUGUGGACGAGUUCUUAGGUUUGGGCAGUCCUUAA